UCACGGUGUAGAAUGACGUGUCAGCGCCGUGCCGGAAGCGUUCAGUCUGUCCAAGAUGGCUUACCAGACCUUGCAGCAGGAGUAUUUACAGAUUCCUAUCGUCACCAGAGCUUACACCACGGCCUGCGUCCUCACGACUGCUGCAGUGCAACUGGAGAUCAUCACACCUUUUCAGCUCUACUUCAAUCCAGAUUUGAUUCUGAGGAAUUACCAGGUAUGGCGGCUAAUAACGAACUUCCUGUUUUUUGGUCCAGUUGGCUUCAAUUUCCUGUUUAAUAUGAUUUUUCUCUACAGAUACUGCCGGAUGCUGGAGGAAGGCUCCUUCAGGGGACGAACGGCUGACUUUGUCUUCAUGUUCCUCUUUGGGGGCCUUCUGAUGACUAUUUUUGGCACCUUUGUGAAUCUGGUCUUCCUGGGACAAGCCUUCACCAUAAUGCUAGUUUACGUGUGGAGUCGGAGGAAUCCGAACGUUCGCAUGAACUUCUUUGGCCUGCUCAACUUCCAGGCUCCGUUCUUGCCCUGGGUGCUGAUGGGAUUCUCACUUCUGCUCGGAAACUCCAUAAUUGUGGAUCUUUUAGGGAUUGCUGUGGGCCAUGUGUACUUUUUCCUGGAAGAUGUUUUUCCCAACCAGCCAGGUGGUGGAAGGUGGCUCCGGACCCCAUCCAUCAUAAAAAUGCUGUUUGACACCCCAGAAGAAGAUGCCAACUACAACCCCCUGCCUGAGGAGCGGCCUGGUGGUUUCGCCUGGGGAGAAGGACAGCGCCUCGGAGGAUAACCCCUCCUCUGAAAUGACGCCCAAUUCCUGGGACCUUCAAAGGACUUUCACAGAUAUGAUGGGAGGCGAAUGUGGUCUUUUCUGCUAUGUGUUUGAGUUCUGGAUGAAGAAUGCUGAACAGCCAAAAGUUAGUGGUCUGAUGUUUGUGUGAAUGGAAAUGAAUCAUCCUGAGAAGCCCUGCUUGGUACCAGGUCAUCGCUCCAAGUUUGUUUCUGCAAGAACACAAGCUUUGGACCCUGAACAAACUGUGGACAAUGAGCUGCUGGCCUCGGGUGAUGUUUGUCUUCAGAUCCUUACAAGUGUGCACAUACAAAUAUGUAAAAAAAAAAAAAGAAGAAGAAAAUGACAACCUCCAAAUAUAAAAAGGAACUUGUUCAGAUGGCAAGUGCAUUUUUUAUUUUUACUUUUUAAAAGAAUAAAUGUGUUGCAAAUGUUG